AUGAUAAAGAGAAAUGAAUAAUUAAAGAAAUAAAUAGGACCAUCUAGAAAUUAAGUUUAAAAUAAUAAAGCAUGUUUAAAACCUCAAAUAUUUUAAUUUCCUCAGUUAAUGAAUAAAACUACUACAUUUUCAGAAGCUAUUAGAUUUUAAGGAUAAAUUCAAUAGCCAAUUACUCCUGAAAUAAUGAUUCGUUAAUCAAUUAAUAAACCUCGAAUGAUUGAAUAAACAAAAUUUAAAAACAAUUAUGGAGUUUAACGCUUUUCAGCAAAAGUAGUUUCAAAGCAAUAAAAUGUUAAGGAACCAGUUAUAAUAAAAAUAACUACUAGCAAGAAUCCUUAAGUGAUUCAACAAUAAGAAGAACAAAGCGAAUAUUAAUUGAGUGAAUUAGGAACAUUUGAUGAUUUGAUUUAGCAAAUUUAAGAAAAAAUAUUGGCAAAAAAUUAAAAUAUUUUAUAAUUAGCAAAGGAUAUUUGUUCAAUAGAAACUAUUGAUUUAAGAGGUUUAUAGUGUAUAGCAUAAUUGAUCAAACAUUUGGUGAUUUCUUCAGUUUAGUAAUAAUUACAAAUAUCUUAAAUAUUAUCCAUAUUAUUCACAUUAAGUGAGGAAAUUAUAACUAGAGAUGAUCUUGAUGAGUCGCUCUUAGAAAUCAUUAAAGUUUAUCUUUAAAAAGGAUAUGAAUCUAAUCUAUAAAUGAUUAUUAUAUUCAUUAAACGUUGUGGAUAAAUGAUUUAUUAUAUCAGACCAAAUAAAUUCAAAAUAUUAAGUGAACUUAUUAUAACCUUAUUACUUAAAUUCAAUGGAGCAAAUUUAUUUGAUGAAUUUCCUCUUAAAUUAUCAUUUAAUAUCAUUUUAAGACAAAAAUAAUUGAGAUUAUUCAUUAAAGAUAAUUAAGAUAUUAUUAAAUUAAAACAACCCUCUAUUGUAAAUUAAUUAGAAAGAUUUAAAAUUAAAAUCCAUUGA